AAAAAGGAAAAAAUUAAUAAUAAUAAAAGACCAUUAUGAUUUAUGACCAAAAUGAAAUCAGUUUACUUUCUGCCUUUAUCUGGAGAUCCACUUCAAUCUUUCUGCUAUCAAAGCUCUACCACUUUCUGCAUCAAUUCCAUCAGAAAGUUUUAAUUGUUAGAGUGGCUAAGAUACACAUACAUAAUGGGAAACAAUAAAUCAACCUUUGAUGACUCCCGCCCAGAAUAUCCGAGAAACGAAGCGGGUAUUGGAUACCCAUAUCAAUCUACAACAUACACGGGACAUUCUGUUGACCCAAACCAUCAAGCGGGUAUUGGAUACCCAUAUCAAUCUACAACAUACACAGGACAUUCUGUUGACCCAAACCAUCAAGCUCAAGGUCCAUCAUAUGCUGGAAGUUCAAUUGACACCAAUUAUCAAAAGAAACAGCAAGCCACCUACAUAGCUGAUAACUUUAACUCUUUGGACCAGGUUAUUAAUGCAUUGAGAGAAGCAGGCCUUGAAUCAUCAAAUUUGAUUCUUGGCAUUGAUUUUACAAAAAGCAAUGAGUGGACCGGCAAAUAUUCAUUCAAUCAUAAAAGCCUCCAUGCAAUUGGUAAUACACCAAAUCCAUAUGAGCAAGCCAUCUCCAUUGUUGGGCGAACUUUGUCUCCUUUCGACGAGGACAGUUUGAUACCUUGUUUUGGAUUUGGUGAUGCCACUACACAUGAUCAACAUGUGUUUAAUUUUUUCCCCGACCAUCGACCUUGUAAUGGAUUCGAGGAAGCUCUUGCACGUUAUAGAGAAAUUGUUCCUUACAUAAAGCUGGCAGGCCCAACUUCAUUUGCCCCUAUAAUCAAUGCUGCUAUUGAUAUAGUUGAAGCACACAACGGGCAGUACCAUGUCCUCAUCAUUAUUGCAGAUGGACAGGUAACCCGGAGCAGUGAUACACCACCUGGUAGGCUUAGUCCACAAGAACAGUCUACUGUUGAUUCUAUAGUUGCUGCAAGUGAAUAUCCUCUUUCAAUAAUUCUGGUUGGUGUGGGAGAUGGACCAUGGGAUGAAAUGCGUCAAUUUGAUGAUUACAUUCCUCAGCGGCGAUUUGAUAAUUUCCAGUUUGUCAACUUCACAUCAAUUAUGUCUGAGCACACAGAUAUGGGAAAGAAGGAAGCAGCCUUUGCGCUUGCUGCACUUAUGGAAAUUCCAUUUCAGUACAGACUCACCCAAAGCAUUCAAUGCACGGAAAACAAAAGAGGUCCUCGGACAAGGCCACUUCCUCCUCCGCGUGAAGUAAUUGACCAUGAUAAUGCUGUCAAAUCAUUGCCACAUGCAACAAGCUUUGGACCAGCAGACCCCGUUGCUGCAGCAGAACAAGUUUGCCCCAUCUGCUUGACAAAUCCCAAGGACAUGGCUUUUGGUUGUGGUCAUAUGACUUGCAGGGAAUGCGGUGCCUCUAUAUCUCUAUGUCCCCUGUGCCGGGAGCCCGUUAAAACGCGCAUCCGGCUGUAUGUUAGGGUGUUUUUGGUAACCCGGAGCAGUGAUACACCACCUGGUAGGCUUAGUCCACAAGAACAGUCUACUGUUGAUUCUAUAGUUGCUGCAAGUGAAUAUCCUCUUUCAAUAAUUCUGGUUGGUGUGGGAGAUGGACCAUGGGAUGAAAUGCGUCAAUUUGAUGAUUACAUUCCUCAGCGGCGAUUUGAUAAUUUCCAGUUUGUCAACUUCACAUCAAUUAUGUCUGAGCACACAGAUAUGGGAAAGAAGGAAGCAGCCUUUGCGCUUGCUGCACUUAUGGAAAUUCCAUUUCAGUACAGACUCACCCAAAGCAUUCAAUGCACGGAAAACAAAAGAGGUCCUCGGACAAGGCCACUUCCUCCUCCGCGUGAAGUAAUUGACCAUGAUAAUGCUGUCAAAUCAUUGCCACAUGCAACAAGCUUUGGACCAGCAGACCCCGUUGCUGCAGCAGAACAAGUUUGCCCCAUCUGCUUGACAAAUCCCAAGGACAUGGCUUUUGGUUGUGGUCAUAUGACUUGCAGGGAAUGCGGUGCCUCUAUAUCUCUAUGUCCCCUGUGCCGGGAGCCCGUUAAAACGCGCAUCCGGCUGUAUGGUUAAGUUCCAGCUCGGCUGUUCUUGUAAUAUAUUGAUGAAAUAACUUGUCAAGAGAUGUACAGGUCCAUGCACUAUGAAGCAGCCCAAAUGACUACACCUCCAAGAAUGAAGCCCACAGUCAAUAUUAUCACAAUCAGUAGAAAUGUAGAAUGAUGCUAUGAUGACUUGCAUAUAUUCAUAUUUUUGCUUUGUGCAGUUAGGGUGUUUUUGGUUUUUUCAUUUGAAUUGAUGUCUUAUGUUAAUUUAAUAUGUAAAGUCAGAAUAAAGGUUUCUGUUUGCGACAGUUUUAUGUAAUAAUGAAAGAAUCCAAUUUCGAUUUUCUAUCAAUUAAGUGAGAAUUUUCUGCCAA